CAAGAAACCGCACCGAAAUUCUCGCUCAGCGAUGUUUCCAGCAGACUCGGGGCAGCCCACACCUACGAUACACACGGCCCGAUACACCUACUAGAGGCCAAUUCCUGCCUUCCAUCCUCCGGGCUGCCCCAAUUCUGGUUCACAGAGAGCCUCAUGCCGCCGCCGACACAACCGCCGUCGAUACCCGUUGACUCCUCAACCGACCACCGAUGCGGGCGCGAUGUGCUCCACGAUGCCGCCUACCGACCCCGAGCCAUAUUGCUCCGGCAGACGCCCUGGCGGGUGGGAUCUGGAUCACCGACUCCAUGCUCUCCAGCAUGUUUGAGCGGUACUGCUCGGUCGCCAAGGCGUCCCGCCGCAUGGCCAGCUCCGCCCCCGGCCCCCUGGAGAGCAGCAGGCGACUAGGCAGGCGGCGCAUGGCCGACGCCGCCAUGCCUCAGACACACCCGGCCCUGCCGUCGUGGGCGUACAUGUACCCCGCAGAUUUGACCCAAUGGCGCUGGGAACGCCCGACAACCGCAUCCUCCCGCGCGCAAAACCAACUCAACGACGAGAGCCAGCGCAGCGCACUGCCACUGCCGGCGUCGUGGCUCUCGGCGCUACUUGGUUGGGACGGUGGCGCUAGUCCGAGAGCAUACGCACACAACGAGGAAGAGGGGGCAACUCUGACAGUCACACCUCCCGAGGUCGUGUCCAAAGGCCAAGGGACCACGGCGCUCGACAUGGUCGAGUCAGUUCAGAAACAGUGCCUGCUGUUCUGGGACGAGAUCCAGGCGCUGGAUGCCGCACGCGGCCCGGAGCUGCUGGUAGACGCCAAGGCCAGGUACGCCGAGAUGAUGGAGUCGUUUCAGCAAUAUAUAUCCUUGGGGAUACUCACAUCUGGCGAAUGUGAGCUGGCGCUUGAGACCCUCGCCGAGAAGAUCCGCGACAAAUUCUGCAAACCAUCACUCCACAACAGGCUACUGCUACAACUGUAUGUCAAGACUGUCAAAGGAAUACGGUCCUCGCGGCUGGCCCAUGGCGAAAAGUACAACAGGCUACCAAUCAAGCUCCUCAAAGGACUUUCAGAACUCAACAGUGGUGCGCACCUCAUACGGGGCUUCAGGGAGAUAAUGGCGGAAGUUACACCUGAGCUACUGGGCAACAGGGAACUGGGAUGGGUUCAAACCAUUCUACGCGCAUGCUUGUCGACGUGGUCUGUAGACUCCAGCUGGGGCAACAGAUCCCACCUGUCAACAAUGGUCGACAUAGCCCAGGCCGAGUUGGGUGUGUUUUCCGGGAGAAUGUCUGCAUUGCAGGCCGCUCUCUCGAGCGACGCCGGGAUAGAAUAUUGCUUGCGCGCGGCCGACGCAGCCUCUGGAUCCCUGCAGAUAUGCGACAUGGCAUUGCGUCUGUCUCGAGAGAUGCGAAUUUCAGGACCGGACAUCGAAAGGAUUCAUGUCUCUUUGCUGGCCGGCGCCAUGCGUGGCUUCCACCUUGGACAGCAUCCGGACGUUAUGAAGGCUGCUGAGAAGGUCGUCACCGAGCAGCGAGGACAGCCGCACCACCACAGGCUAUUGAUCAACUGGCUGUCGGUUCUCAGCCAGAUGCCACAGGUCACGCAGAAGACUCUUUUCGCCUUUAUGUCAGGGUCUUUCGAAGGCAACAGAGCGGAACAAGUCCGCCCUUCAUCUGCAUUCUCGGAAGUUGAGCUGUGCCAUGUGCUCAUAGAGCAGUGGACCAGCCGAGGGCACAUCAGCUACAAGGAAUACCGCGCCCUCAGAUCUAGGCUGCGGGCAUCGGGGCCGAGCCACGGAUUGCCGUCUCUGGUCGAGUCAAUAUACGACGUCAAGAAGGCGGAUAGCGCCUUUUGGUUCUACAUCGGUCUCUGGCAGUGUCUACGGGCUAUAGGCGCCACGGAGCGUCUAGUGCCAGCGCUAGAAAGACUGAGUCGGCAGCAUCGCGCUCGCCUGAGGCCUGCCUUGGUGAAACUGGCAGAAGCCGUGACUAGUCAGACUGGGAGGGUGGCGGAGGGGAUUCACGGAUUGUAUCACGGGUUGGAUGAAUGUCAUCUCGCGAUGGAGGCCAAUGGAGGCCUGGGGGAGUCGGACCACGCCCUCAGUGAGAUGGUGAACGAUACCGAAUACCAUCCAUUCGAGGUCUUUGAGACUCUGGGACAACCACUGAUCACCAAAAAUACCCCCUCGGCUACGCGGAGGCGUAUCCUGCACCGGCGGUUCCGCAUCUCGCGGCGACAGGCUACGAUAUUAGCGAAGUUGAGUGUCAUGUUCAGCAAGGCAGCGCAUCUGACGGAUAGUCAGCGGUUCCGCUACGUCAACCACUGCGUGCUUCUUCUCAAACGUCACAAUACGCGUGGGAAGGAGGCUUCGGCGGCGAUGACGGGGCUUUUCAAGGUGGUGACCAAGGAUCUUCUUGAAAGCGGCUGGACCAGGCCGAGCCGUAUCCAAUGGUUUUUGUGGCUGGUCAAGAAGUCGCAGGGUGCGGCAGCGGCAGCGGAGUGCCGCAAGGCAUUGGACACCUGGGCGCAGAUUUGGGCCCGUCGCCGCCGGGAGGAGAGGGCACAGCGGGACGAUGAGAGCGGAAACUACAUUCGGUAAAUCUUGAACCAAAGCCAACAUUCCGUUUACAAUAGCGGGCUUGGCAGUCCUUGGCGAUAUUUGGAGCCAUGUUCCCCCCCUUUCGUCACCUGCUUGCUUGCUUGCUUUUGUCAUGGGAAGUUCCGUCCAUGAUGCCCAGUUCUCGAUGCAUUUCUGCGUGUAAACCAUGAUGAGCGGUGAGGAGUUGCGGGCUAGGGGCCAAAAUCAUGCGAGAUCCUGGACAGCUGAAAUUAGGCGCUCGUCCAGGGGUUGAGAGUGGAAAAGUUCCAAGUCUGGCCUUUGCUGAUGUUUAUUUUAGGGAUAGCCUGCUCGAAGCGGAGAACGAGCGAGUGGCGAACGGAGCAAAGGCAUAGGCCUGAGAAGGCCCUCAAAUUCCCGGCAAUGGUGCUGGCGGGAUCAAACAUGCUCGACGCUGGCAGCAACACGUGCAGGUAGGGUGUACCACCUACCUGUACCCAAGUGGUAGGUAUGUGACUUGGGACUGCUUCGUUUGUUUGUGUGUCCAGCCAGCUGGCCGGCUAGCCAAGAAAUCCCUCCUUCUCUCCCGAUCCC